AUGGGAAGGGGUCCAACCAAGAAGCGUGUCUUGGACUGCCAUGUGGAAAGUGGACCAUCAUAUAUUGGAUUAUUUCUAAGCCCUGUUUACGAAUUGGUGCCCACAAAAACCAACCUUCGGACCUGGAAACUCACCUGCAAGUUAUGUGGCAGGCCAGCACACCUAGAGCAAAUCCUAUCGUCUUGCGGAACAGCACUCUGUAAGGCCUACGGAGUACUUGGCAUCACUGGAAUGGCAAGGAGACGGGAAAUAGCAGAUAGCGAGACGUUAUUCGAGAGGUCAACGACAGACGCGACACGCCGCCUGGUCGACUACAUCAGCCGGCAGUGGGUCCAUGGCGGGUCCUUUGAACCAAGUGACUGGUCUGUCUUCCGACAGGACGUCCGUACCAACAACGACCUUGAAGGUUACCACAACCGCCUGAAUGGGAAAGCCGGCAGCGGUGUCGGUUUCUACCGACUAGUUCCUCAUCUCAGACAGGAAUCUGAAAUGGUGAGGCUACUGGUUGAAGGCAGCGACCUCCACCGGAUCAAAACAACGCGAUCGGCAAAAGUUCAGAAGUCCCUGGUUUCCCUCUGGGACAAGUACGAGGCGACAGAGUGCACCACCUCUGAGUUCCUGGCCAAGGUCGGUCAGGCUUUCGGCGUUGUGCUUGAUUAAUGAACAUGCAUUUUGUCUCGUUGUCUGUGUAUUGUUUGUAGUUUUUCUUGUACAUGUAUAUUUCAUUAUGUAGUUUUGUUGUAAAUUAUGUUGUAUUUUGUCACGUUGUCACGUUGACAGUAUAUGGUCUGUACUUUUUCUUGUACAUGUAUAUUUUAUU